AUGGCCCAGCAAGAACGAAGCCAGCUAGAAUCGCUAAGCGGCAAGGUUGAUGCGGCACUCCAGAAUGUACCAGCAGGGAGGCCUCCGGAGGCCGCUUUCCUCGAAAUCUGGCAGGUUGUUCAACCGGAUUACGAGAGUAUGCGACUAGACGUGCACCGGUUCCUUUCCCGUCUUGUCGAUGAGAAGCACGUACAGGCAACUGUAGCUAGUCGCACAAAGACUCUCGAGUCUAUCUCCAAGUCUAUCGACCGGCGUAACGAUGCCAAACUAGAAAAGCAGAAAUACCAGUCUCCUCGAGAAAUAUUUGCUGACUUGCAUGAUCUUGUCGGCCUCAGAGUGGUAGUUGACUACCCACGCGGUCUAGACCAGUAUUUCCACUUGAUUGAGGAAAGCUUUCAGGUUGACAGAUUCAACGCCUUUUCCUCGGAACGGACCAUCAGCCAACAUUGGAUUCCAAGAUUUGGAGCCUAUGAAACCCGCAACUAUCUACUGCGCUUGAACUCGAGUGAAGAAUUUGCUCUCUAUGCUGGGGUGCUCUUCGAAAUUCAAAUCACGACGAUGGCAGAAAGCCUAUACAACAAGCUAUCCCACUCACUCCUUUACAAAGCACCACAGGGCGGAUUAUCACGUAAGGACGAAAUGGUAAUCGACAUGGGACAUGGAGCUGCUCUGCUCUAUUGGAUAACUAUUGCCUGUAUGGAAGACAGGCUCGAGGGGAAUUUCGAAGAAAUGGAUCCGAGAAGCAGAUUCCCACCAUCCGUUAGAGACCUGGCUGGGUGUGAAGAUACAGUCAUGAACCUGGACGCCUUGGUUGAUUCCACGCCCCUUCUCCCAUCAACCUCGAAUCAUGUAACGUCCCGAGACUAUCUUUUGGAGUCUUUUGAAGAUAUUCGACGCUCCAGCAUCUCUGGAGAGAGUAUUGCAGAAAGUAUUAGAGAGAAACUAGGGUAA